AUGCUUCGCCCACUCUGUCGUAUGCGGUUCCGGCCUAACCGCCUCACACAGUACAGAUUCAACACAACCGAGGCCGCCAUUGUUUCGCCUCCUUCUAGUGCAUUCGUGACUCCUGCGCCAGAGGUACCAAAGCGGUCGGGUGGGGGAUUCUUUCGUGGGGGCAUUAUUGGAUUCCUACUGGGCAUCACACUCGCGGGCGCCACAUCCUACGUGUACCUCCUAGACGAAUACCAACAGAGUUCAAAUGCAUUAUUAUCCAAUGUAGAGGAUUUGGCGAAAUCGACUGCAAAGUUGCGUGAUCAUACCCAAAAAAUCACGACACUCGAAAAGGAUUUGAAUGGAUUCACGCAAAAAGCAGCGACAAAAGGGGAUCUGCAAGCGCUGCGGAAUGAACUGUUGAAAUUGAUUGAUGAAGUCAAUGUCUCGCAUUUGGAAUUGAAAACGCAUGUAUGGGAGAUUGAGCAGGAUGUAAAAGGGAAAUAG